AUGGGCUCUAGCAACUUGAAAUUCCCGGUUCGAUACGAAGAUCCAGAAUACCAGUCUCAUCACCAGAAACUCUUCUCCGGAACGCUUCUGUGUCCGCUGGAGAAUGUGCUUCCCCCUAGCGUAAAUCAAGCAGAUUUCAGCCUUUCCAUCGCCGAGUUUGAGAAGAUAGUCGGCAAAGAGAAUGUCUUUGUUGGAAAUGCACUGGAGGAGUAUGUGGAUCCGUACGAACUCUGGGAACAGGAAGGGAAAAGGAAAAUGCCCAGUGCUGCGGUGUGUCCGUGCUCGACAGAAGAGCUUCGUGGAGUUUUGACAAUUGCCAACAAGUUCGGGAUUCCAGUAUGGACCUUCUCUCGUGGCAAAAACUUGGGGUAUGGUGGACCAGCACCAAGAUUAAAUGGCUCGAUUGCCCUUGACCUUCAUCGAAUGAAUAAGAUCAUCGAAGUGAACGACAAAUUCUCAUAUGCGGUGGUCGAACCUGGCGUGACCUUUACCGAUCUUUACUUGUACUGUGCGAAGAAUAAGCUCCGUGUCUGGCCAAGUGUGCCGUCGCUGGGUUGGGGGAGUGUGAUUGGCAACGCAAUAGAUCGUGGUACAGGCUUCACACCGACAGCAACACAUCAUCAGCAUAUCUGUGGAUUGGAAGUCAUGCUUGCCGACGGCGAUAUCGUCAGAACAGGACAGUUUGCCAUUUCCAACUCUGCAUCAGCGCACUUAUCGAAGUUCUCGUUUGGUCCAUCCAUUGAAGGUCUCUUCUUGCAGAGCAACCUUGGAAUUGUCACGAAAAUGGGUAUUUGGCUUCAUCCACAGCCGCAAGCCUACAUGUCUUGCUCAUUUGACAUGCCCGACUUCGAGGACGUCGAGGUCAUUGUGGAGAUUUUCGGAGCCUGGCGAAGAGAUGGGCUGCUACCGAAUACGGUAUAUGUUUCGAACAUUGUCGAGUGGUUGGGUAUGACCGGUAAACGCGCGGAGCUGUGGCCAGAAGAAGGCCCAAUUCCUGACCAACGUCUUCGUGAGCUUCAAAAGCAGCUGGACCUUGGAUACUGGAAUGUCAAAUUCGGGCUGUAUGGAGCACAAGCGGUGGUCCAAGCGCACUUUGACGAGCUCAAAAGAAUCAUCGGCAAGAAAGUACCAGAUUCGGCGCAUCGGCUUCGGGGUCACAUCUUUUCUGGGGAGAGUGACGACGAGCUGCUAGAGGCCACGUCCGUUCCCGGCAACCAUGGCGGUUUCUUCGUCGGUGUGCCCAGCUUGUGGAGCUUGCCAAUGGCCCAAUAUCGGCUUCCAAAGGAGAAAACUGGCAUUGGUGCUCAUGCUGAUUACUCUCCGAUCAUCCCUUCUUCCGGGAAGACGGUUUUGGAAUGGGUGCGAACGGCCCGACGGAUUUGUGAGGCCCAGAAAUUUGAUCUGUUCUGUGACUUCUUCAUGCACGAGCGGCAUGUCAUCUUCGUCAACAUGAUGGUAUUCGACAAGGCCAACCCUGAGCAUCGGAAGGCGGUUGAUACCAUAUUCCGCAGCCUGUACAAGGAAGGCCGUCAAAGAGGCUUCAGCAAAUACCGAUCACAUGUCAACUAUAUGGAUCUUGUUGCGGAUGCAUACGAUUUCAAUGAUCAUGCCUACCGAAGAUUUGUCGAAAGAUUAAAGGAUACGGUUGACCCACGGGGUAUUCUUUCGCCUGGAAAACAAGGAAUCUGGCCAGCGAAGUAUCGGCAUUUGCGAGAACACCUCUAA